GUUGUCGAGCAUUAUAAUUUCGUUAUCGAAGUUGCGAGCGAAACUGAAUUGAUAUUUAACAAAUGUGUGCUGGCUAGUUUUAUUACCAUGUCGUUUUUUGCUUGUCUCGCUAUGUUACGCAUAUCAAAUAUGCAACAAUUUACCACCGAACAUUUACAGCUUUUGUACUAUAUCAUUGGACCUUUGGUACUGUUUUUCGUCGACUGCUAUUUUACACAGGAGGUGAUUACGGAGAAUGAAGCUUUCGCUUAUUCAUUUUACGAAAUUGAUUUUAUCGGAACCAACUUGGCAUUUCAAAAAUGUUUAAUUUUAUGUAUAGCAAGAACUCAGAGGUCCGUUUCAUUUACGAUUGGACAAUUUGCACCUCUUACGAUGGUUGCAGCAGUUACAAUCCUAAAAGCCUCUUUUUCUUACUACACUCUGUUGGAGAGCCGCCAAGGGAAAUAGGAACAAAUGUGUGUUGGGUGAGAUUCAAUAUAGACCGUUUUUAAG